UGGAGUGGUGAGGGCCCGUGACGUGUAGACUGAGUGUUCGUGACCUGGUCAGGUGGGAAAUAGAGGACUUGGACGUCUUCGCUCGUGACUCUGGCUUGCCGCAUCGACUCGUGCUGAGGACUUGAGUCUCGUCAAGUCGCUGCUAGCUGGCCGACGCGUCAUUUGGUGAAAAACGAUGCUGAGCUGAACGGAUCCAACCCAGGAAGUCUGGACAAAGUUGCUGCUGCUCUUCAUCCCAAAGUGAAGUUUAUCCGGUCAGUAAUUAAGUCAUGCUGCGCCACUGGGUGUACCACGCCGGGCUGAUGGUGGCAGUCGCACUCUGCUACCACAACGCUCUGCACUGCGACUUUGUGUUCGACGACAUCAGUGCGGUGAAGGACAACAGAGACCUGCGACCGCACACGCCGCUCACCAAUCUGCUGCACAACGACUUCUGGGGCACGCCCAUGGAGAAGGAGCAGUCCCACAAGUCGUACCGUCCCCUGUGCGUGCUGACGUUCCGCUGGAACUACCUGCUGCACCAGCUGAGGCCGUUCGGCUACCACCUCACCAAUGUCCUGCUGCACGUGCUCGUCUGCGUGCUCUACUUCAGGUUAUGUACACUCUUUGUCUCGGACAUGUGCAGUUUUGUGGCGGCUCUGCUGUUCGCCGUGCAUCCAAUACACACAGAGGCGGUGACUGGGGUGGUUGGCCGCGCUGAACUUCUAUCGUCCGUGUUCUUCAUCGUCGCCAUACUGUCCUACGUCAGAGCUACGAGAGCCCCGCAGGGAACUGACUGGAGCUGGGUGGGAGUCACUCUUCUCUGCGUCACAGCGGCACUGCUCUGUAAGGAACAGGGCAUCACGGCCAUCGGCGUCUGCGCCGUCUACGAGGUGUUCGUCAUCAGAAAGUUGCGGCUGGCCGGUCUGCCCUACCUGCUGCGCUCGCUGGUUAGCGGGAAGGUGCCGCCUCCCGACUGGCUGAGGGCCGCCUCCUCCCGGCUGCUGGUGCUCGCUGCCAGCGCCCUCUGUCUGCUGGUGGCCAGGGUCAAGGUCAUGGGCGCCCAGCUGCCGGCUUUUACCAGAUUCGACAAUCCAGCGGCGGCGGCUAUGACACCGACCCGCCAGCUCACCUACACAUACCUGGCGGCCGUGAACGCCGGCCUGCUGCUGGUGCCGGAUCAGCUCUGCUGUGACUGGACCAUGGGCACCGUGCCGCUAGUGACAUCUAUCGGUGACCCACGCAACCUCAGUCCGCUGCUGGUGAUGGCAGGGGUGGGUCGCCUGCUCUGGAGGGCGCUAUCCGCUGCCGACAGACUCUCAGACGCAAUAAUCAUGAGUCUGGCGCUACUGGUGCUGCCGUACCUGCCAGCCAGCAACCUGUUCUUCCCCGUCGGCUUCGUGGUGGCCGAGAGGGUGCUGUACAUGCCGUCCAUGGGCCUCUGCCUGCUGGUGGCCGCCGGAUUCUGCGUGCUGCUGAGUCACGGCCGGUGUCGCAGCGUUCUGUACGCCGCGCUGGCCGUCCUGCUACUAACGCACGGCCUGAAAACGUACCGGCGGAACCACGACUGGAGGGACGAGUACUCCAUCUUCACUGCCGGCCUGCGCGUCAACAGGAAUAACGCCAAGCUGUACAACAACGUCGGUCAUGCACUGGAAGGCCAGCGGCAGUUCGAGAGGGCGCUCAAAUUCUUCCAGCAGGCUGUCAAGGUACAAGGCGACGACAUAGGUGCUUACAUCAACGUGGGCCGCACCUACAACAGCCUCCAAAUGUACACCGAAGCUGAGGAGGCGUACAUGAAGGCUAAGUCUCUGCUACCGAAGGCCAAAUCUGGCGAGACGUACGAGGCGCGCGUGGCUCCUAACCACCUGACCGUGUUCCUGAACCUGGCGAACCUGGUGUCGCGGGACCCGGCGCGACUGGAGGAGGCCGACACCCUCUACCGCCAGGCCAUCAGCAUGCGGGCCGACUACACCCAGGCGUACAUAAACCGUGGCGACGUGCUGGUGCGUCUGAACCGGACCCGAGAGGCGCAGCGCACCUACGAAACGGCGCUCUUCUACGACAACGAUAACCCGGACAUCUACUAUAACCUGGGUAUCGUGUACCUGGAGCUGGGUCGCCAGGCACAGGCUCUGGCCUACCUGGACAAGGCGCUGGAGUUUGAGCCGGACCACCAGCAGGCUCUGCUGAACUCGGCCGCCAUAAUCCAGGAGUCGGGCGCGGCGCGACUACGGCCGACUGCGCGGCUGCGUCUCCGGCGGCUGCUGCAGCUCUCGCCGGCCGUGGUGGGAGCCGAGAGGGUCCACUUCAACCUGGGCAUGCUGGCCAUGGACGAGCGUGAUCUGCCCGCCGCCGAGGCGCACUUCAGGAAGGCAGUGGAACUGAAGCCCGACUUCCGUAGUGCGCUGUUCAACCUGGCGCUCCUACUGAGUGACUCGGGCAGGCCGCUGGAGGCCGCCCCUUUUCUGCACCACCUGGUCCAUCAUCACCCAGACCACAUCAAGGCCUUCAUCCUCCUGGGAGACAUAUACGUCAACAAUAUGAAGGAUCUGGAUGAGGCGGAACGGUGUUACGAGCACAUUUUGCGUCUGGACCCUGACCACGUACAGGGUCUGCACAACCUGUGUGUGGUGUACGUGGAGCGUUCCGAGCUGGCCAGGGCCGAGCAGUGCCUGCUGCGGGCGGUUCACUUGGCCCCUCACGAGGAGUACAUUCAGAGACACCUGAGGAUAGUGCGCUCCCGGAGACAGCCGGCGGCAGUCGCCGGCGCCCGACAGGACGGCGUCUCCUAGCAACGCGACACGC